AUGGUACAUUCUGGAAAACACCGUUUGAGGCGUUCUGGGGACAAAAGCCCAACGUUAGCAUCCUGCGACCUUGGGGUACCAAAUGCUACGUACUUGAUCAAGGUGAAAAUCAAUCAAAAUUGGACUCCAAGACCUUCACAGCAACAUUUAGCAAAUCAGAUAUUGCACUCACGCAAUAUCUUGUUCCCAAAGGACCAUGCGGCAAUCAAAGACGUUGCAGAUAACAUUGAUUGGGGAGAAUUGGUUGCUCCGCCCGCUGAGGGGGAGAUGACUCAAACUGACAGCGCUGCGGAACAACCAACCAAACCUACUGGAACAGGGGGAGCACAUGUACCUGCUAUGCGCACCAACCCUAGCGCUGUUACUACUCAGUCAAUUCAAGCAAUUAAUGCACUCACCCCUGGUAGUGGAGAUGGAAUCCAAACCCGUAGUUGGAAUCCUAACGCCCCUGCCAUCUCUCUUGCAAGAGAAAGAGGCGGAGUCAAGAUCUCCAUUGAUGACACCACCCCAUCCGAACUUGAGGACAUCUUUGCUGGUUCUAGUGACACCAACAGCUCCAAGAGCAAUGAUCACCACACAUUCAGCCUACUCACCAACACCUCCUCCGUACUAUCUGCACCUACCAUCCCUACGCUGGCAGACAAAUUUGGCUGCCUCCAGUUAUCCGACUACACUCCAACCAAGCCAGAUUCCCCCUUGGCAACAACUGGGCAUCUGGAACAAUCCUGGGCCGCGUUGGCCAAUCCGUCCAACCCAAACAACCACCCCACCAUGGAGGAGGCCCUUGCAGGACCACAGGCAAAUGAAUGGUUGGAGGCAAUGCGGAAGGAGGUCAGCACACUCAAGAGGAUGGGUACGUACAAACACGUUGAACCCCCUAAAGAUUGUAAACCCAUUGGAAACAAAUGGGUACUGACACUCAAACGGAACGCCAAUGGUGAACCAGAAUGCUACAAGGCGCAAUUAGUUGCACAAGGGUUCAGUCAACAACCCGGCAUUGAUUUUGACAAGAUGUUUGCACCUGUUGUACAUCUUGACUUGAUUUGUUCCCUUGCCUCACUUGCUAACAACAACAACUGGGACAUUUGUCAGCUUGACGUCAAUGCCGCUUACCUACACGCUGAAGUUGACAAAGAACUAUAUAUGCAACAAAUCCCCUACUUCAAAGAUGGUACAAAUUGUGUCCUCAUGCUUAAACAUUCUAUUUACGGUCUGAAACAAGCCAGAUGUAUGUGGAACAAGCUAUACAAUACCAAACUCCAAUCAAUUGGCUACCGCCCCUGUCUCACCUACUUGUGUGUCUACUACCGCCUUGAAGACUACAAGGGUAUUGCAUUCAAACGCAACCGCAAGCGCGGUAUCUUAUGCCUCAAUCAAACCACUUACAUCAACAACUUAGUUCACUUUGCAGGUCUUAAGGACGCUUUCCCCACCAAUACACCCCUAAGUCCCAGCAUUCAACUCACACGCUUUGAUGGUGCUAAGCCAAAGUUUAAUUAUGGAACUUACAUUGACCCAGAGAACCCUAAAGAAGCUACUUCUUUACUUAGCUUGGAAAUUGGGAAAUCUUCCAACACAGACUCUGCUCAGCACCAGAGUCUCAACCUCUUUUCCCCCAAUUUACAACACCAUAAGUCCAUCUCUGGACAUGUAUUCAUGCUUGGCGGCGCAGCCGUUUCUUGGUCAGCUAAGAAGCAAGCAACUGUUGCUUUGUCAACAAUGGAAGCCAAAUAUAUGGCAUUAUUGCACGCAUGUACCCAGGCCUUAUGGAUGCAACAAUUCUUUGAAGAACUGUACCUAUACACUGAUUCACCAACCCUUAUUCUCUCAGAUAAUCUUGCUGCACUCACUCUAUCCAUUGAAUCUCAAUUUCAUGGACAAUCAAAACACAUCAACAUACAACACCAUUUCAUGCACAAUAUUAUUGAGAAACAGAAGGUAACUACAUUGUACGUACCGUCCAACAAGAACCCAGCAGACGCCUUCACUAAAGCACUCCUGGCACCACAAUUCAGGUACCUCAUGAGAUCAAUCAUGGGCAAACCAAUCAAAGAACCAAUCAAAGACAAAUUGAUUAACUAA